UUUAUAGUAACUGCUAUUUUUUUCAUUUUCCAGCUUUAUGCCCAUUCAUAGCGGGGCAGAGACAGACCUCCGCUUUGUAUAUUGUGCAGCUGCAAUCUCUUCCAUGUUGGAAAACUGGAGUGGCAUUGACAAGGAGAAAGCCAAAGAGUACAUUAUAAACUGUCAGUCAUACGAUGGUGGUUUUGGUUUAACUCCUGGUUCAGAAUCACAUGGUGGUGCCACUUAUUGUGCGGUUGCAUCUCUCAAAUUGAUGGGAUUAAUUGAAGAGGAUAUAUUGUCAAAGAGUGUAUCCUCUUGCUUCAUAAAUGUGCCCAUGCUUCUAGACUGGAGUCUACAGAGACAGGCCACUGAUGGUGGUUUCCAAGGUAGACCAAACAAAGCUACUGACACCUGCUAUGCUUUUUGGGUUGGAGGAGUUCUAAAGAUCUUAGGGGCUCACAAGUUCAUCAAUUAUGGAGGUUUACGUAAAUUUCUUUUCGCCUGUCAAUCCCAGUAUGGUGGUUUUGGCAAAAUUCCGGAGCAGCUGCCAGAUCUUUAUCACGCCUACUAUGGCUUUUGUGCAUUUAGUCUGUUAGGGGAGGCAGGCCUCAGUUCAAUCUGUGUUGAACUGGGUAUAACAAAUGGUACACGCACUAGACUUUGAUCCAAAUGUUAUUUGGGCAUCUGCAGCCACUACGAAUUUCGCCUCUCAUGAUUGCAAAGGUUUCCAUGCGCAGGUAUAAUUAAGUUCCACUCCUCGGUUGAGUGGAAAUAAAAAUUAGAAGUUUGGUAAUUAUGAUACUUUCUACCUACUUGUUUUCACCAUUUUCCCUAUAUACUAAAAAUAUAGUUUAUUUGAUUUUUGACAUAGAUGAUAUAACUUUACUUUCACUUUGUUAUGUUCAAUCACAUUUGCUUGGUUCCCCUAAUUGUUUUAGCAUUUUUUAGCUUCUACUUCGAGACGUUAAUGGUACUUACCGGCUUGUCACAAUAUUUUACUUUUUCUGCCUGUUUAGGUCUGGAUUUUGAUCAUGGGUUGAGCUUUAAACUUGAAAUUACUGAUUAGCAGUUAUAUAUCUAUACAUGUUCAAUAGGAAUGUUAAUAUUUA